AUUGGCCAAGUUGAGGCGCCACAUUCAUAGAUCUCGGGGUGAUAGGAUUGGGCAUUAAGUGGCACGCCGGGUGGCAAUGUGGGUAAGGAAUUCUCAGAGCUCGAAACAUGAUAAAUUAUCUAUUAAUUUGAGAAUGGGGUUUGACUAGACGAUGACAAUAGCAAAUAGUAAGAAGUCCCAUAUCUAAGCAAAAAAUAAAAAAAUAUAUAUACAAAAUUCUCAUAAUAAUUAGCAUUAAGGUUUUAUAAUUCAUAUUGAUUGAUUAGGGUCCAAUUUAAAGUCGAAACCUUGCGCUGCUCGAAGCCAACACUAGGCUAACUAGGCCCACGGGCGCAGACAGUUGGCUCAGUUGUAUUUGACUAGCAUGUCGCAGCAGAGGUUAACCAUUAACGGUUCCACCACCAGCUCCAGGGCGCGAUGGCGCUACCUCAAGCUGCGCGCCGAGAAUCGGGCGCGAGUGGCCGCCUUCUUUGGCGAGCUGGUGGGCACGGCCACGUUCAUAUUCGUUGCCUGCAUGGGCUGUGUGACCACGCCCCUGUUUCUCAACUCACACUUCGAGCUGAGCCUGAACUUCGGGUUGGCCAUUCUGAUUGCCAUACAGAGCUUCGGCUCCAUUUCGGGCGCCCAUCUCAAUCCGGCCAUCACGCUGGCGGCCCUGAUCUACGGCGUCAUCAACUGGUACAUGGCCAUAGCGUACCUGGUGGCCCAGGUGGCAGGCGGCUUGAUUGGCUACGGCCUGCUGAAGGCUGUGCUGCCCCUGAACGCCAUUGUGGGCGUGGACGAGCCGGCGGGCGUUUGUGUCACAGUUCUGAGCAAGGACAUUUCAGUGCUGCAGGGCGUCUUCAUUGAGCUGUUGAUCACCUGCUUCCUGACCAUGGUCGCCUGCUCGGUGUGGGAUCCGCGCAAUGCCAAGCUGAAGGAUUCGGUGCCCAUUCGUUUCGGCCUGACAGUUUCGUGCCUCAACUUGGCGGCGGGCCUGUUCACUGGCUCCAGCAUGAAUCCGACCCGCUCGCUGGGCCCGGCGGUGUGGAACAAUUCCUGGCAGAACCACUGGAUCUACUGGGUGGGUCCGCUGGUUGGCGCCGCAAUCACCUCGAUCAUCUAUCGAUUGGCAUUCAAGGGCCGCAGCGAGGAGGUGCUCGAGCUGCGCACCUCAAAUGCCCAAAUCAACUUCAUUGAUAAGGUUUAGCGGAUGUGUUUGAGCUAUAUUAGCUUUAAGUGAAGUUUAAGUUUAAUAUAAUCACAUUAAUUAACUAAAACUAACAAAGUCUGCGACUUUAAUUUAUUUCUCUUCCGAUUCCAUAUCAUAGAAAAAACGCGUGCGAUAUGUUUAUCAGCCUGAGAAGCGAAACUAUUGUAGCGACAAUAAAAAGAGUGCUAUAAAAAAAUAUUGUUAAAAAUCUGACACUAAUUAAAGUCUUGUAUUAAAGAAAGUGUCUCAAUAGACCGACAAUCGAUAAGAUAGCUC